GGAAGAAGAUUGCCACACAGCAAAGAGUUGAAGGGGGGAAGGAUAGAAGCAGAAACACAGUAGCGGAAACUCUCCUGUCACUCAGUUCAGCGGAAGUGGAGCUCGAGUAAAGUCAGUGCGCAACAGGUGUUUUGAGUGACACCUCUUUAAAGCUCGCACGUUUUUGGAUAAAAACACAAAAGUUUUAUUUCGGUAGAAAAGUACCAACAUGUCAAAGCUCCGCCCCAGGCAGUGUGUGCUGGAGAAAGGGUCCAGUGGCUACGGGUUCCACCUGCACGGAGAGAAGGGCAAGACCGGCCAGUUUAUCCGGCUCGUGGAGCCCGACACUCCCGCCUCAGCAGCCGGGCUUUUCGCGGGCGACUGCCUGGCCUUCGUGAACGGAGAGAGCGUGGAGGGCGAGAGCCACCAGCAGGUGGUUGCGAGGAUCCGGGCCACCGCCGAGGCUCUGGAGCUUAUCGUGGUGGACUCCGAAACGGCUGAGCUGUUGAAGAAACACAACCUUCAGUGCCGGAAAGAGUUCGUAACGGAGGGGAUUCCCCUGCCUGGCGGGGACAGCGACUCUGAGCACGGGGACACACAGAGCAACGGCACCCCGAGGGAAUGCACCCCUGCCCCGCCGGAGAAUGGGGAUGCUGCCUCCGAGAGGUCGGAGAGGCUGAGUGUCAGCUCCAUCACUAAGGAGGAGGGGGGGGGUCUGCGGCCUCGUCUCUGCCACAUGCAGAAAGGCAGCAGCGGUUACGGCUUCAACCUGCACAGUGAGAAGUCCAGACCGGGUCAGUUCAUCAGGGCCGUGGACGACGAUUCUCCUGCACAGCGGGCCGGACUCAAACCACAGGACAAGAUCAUCCAGGUGAAUGGCCUGUCAGUGAAGGACAUGCAGCACUCGGAGGUGGUUGCAGCGAUCAAAGCAGGAGGCGAAGAGACGUCCCUGCUGGUGGUGGAUGCAGAGACUGAAGUGUUCUUCAAGGCGUGUGACGUGCUGCCCACCAAGGAGCACGUCAGCGGAGCUCUGCCUGAGCCAAAAAGAACAUCAGAGGAGGAGCAGGUGGCAGCAGUGGUGAAGCCCAAAGUGUCUGUGAGCUCUUCAGCCUCCAGCGCGUCCUCCAUCGCCUCCCUGCCGGGGACCGGCAGCAGCGAUCCCUCUCCACAGGUGGAGCCCCCCGCCCCGGCUGACAAUCUGGGUCUCAGCUUGUCUCUAGCUCAGGCUAAAGAGAGAGCUCGUCAGAAACGAUCGGCCAAGAAAGCUCCGACCAUGGACUGGAGCAAGAGGAACGAGCUGUUCGGAAACUUAUAAAACCCACUUUUACCCUCAACCUCCAACCCCCCUAUACUCCCCCGCUCCCUCCCUCCCUCCACUCCUGUCUGCCAUCUGGAUUUUGUUUUCAAUGUUGAGACACCAGAUUCCUGUGGACUUUGAAACUCAUGAAAACAGUAUUAUUUGAUGAUUUUAUUUGUUUUAAUUUAGUGUUUCCACUUUCUUUUUAAUAACGGUUGAAGUCACACACAGGAAUGAAUGAUAAUACUUUAAGAAGAAUGUUUUGAAGACAAAAAUAAUGUAGUUUGCACUUGAAAAGGACUACAAAAGGAUUAUUGGGGCAUAUGUGAAAGAUUAUUACAUUUUAAAUGUCAGAUUUUGAUGAAUGCAAUCAGCAACUAGAAUGAAAGAAUAUAUCCAUCUCCCUCGUAUGAUAACUCCUUACUGCCAACAUGACGUGUGAGGCACUGCGUUGGAAAUCCUGUAUGAUUCGAGGAAGUCACAUCUUAUUUUUCAUGUGGCUCUUGAUAAAUGAUUGUACAUACAUGAAUAAACCUUUUAUUUGACUGAGAGAAGUGAA